CUGCAGCUGGAAGCUGCUCCAGUCCCUUCCCUCCCACCCAGUGCCAAAAGCCUGCUGUGGCCACAUUCUGGUGUGAAGCCUGGCAGAAAUAUGGGGAGAUCAUGUGACCCUGCGUCCCCUGCCCAGGGAAGAUGCAGCACCAGGAGACACGGUCUCCCUCAGUGCCCGCAUUGGCAUCGGCUCGCUCUGGGAGUUGGGUGGGCUGGGAACGUCAUCCUGGCGGGAGCUGUGAUUGUGCUGGGUGUCUGGGUAGUAACCAAAGGAUCCCGCCUGGAGGAUUUCCGAUCUCAACUGAAACAAACACUUUGUGUUUCAUCACUCAGCAACUCAACAGAGGGCUCCGAGUGCAAACUCUGCCCCAGGGAUUGGUUGUUGCAUAAAGGAAAGUGCUAUUGGGUCUCUAAAGAAAUUAAAUCCUGGAAGAAGAGCUUUGAAGACUGUACAGUGAAGACGUCUCAAAUGCUCGUGAUCCAGGACCAGGACGAGAUGGAUUUCAUACGGAAUGUUACAAAAGGUGUCAAUCGUGUUUGGAUUGGACUUAACGUUACAUCCCCUGAGAGGACCUGGAUGUGGGUGGAUGGCUCCCUAGUCAAUCAAACACUGUUCCCAAUAACCAGCCUUGCUGAACCGAACAGUUGUGGGGUGACGAAGGGGGAUCAGAUUCGUUCUGAUGUCUGUGGUGCUCAAUUCAAAUGGGUUUGCCAGAAAGAAGCCCUCCAGAUAUAAACAGUGUCUUUAAGUAUGUGUAUUGAUGGAACUGAAGUCUAAAGCAUCCGCAGUGAGAAUUUGUAACAUGAUUUUAUGUGGUUCUGUGUUUAAUCCUUUGAAUUCUUGGGCCUGUUACUUUAGAAAUCAAUUUUCAAAACAGGGUCUAUUUUCAAUUUCUUGGUUUUAACAGAAGCUAAUAUGAAUCCCUGAAAUGCCACACAUUUUAGGCUCAUCUUGAUCUUAAUGUGUGUGCACAUAUUUUCAAUUGUGAACAACUGUUUCAAAGCCUAUAGCAGAGGUGGGUUGGGACACCCAAGUGCUGUUUUGGUUUGUUUGACAAACAUGAUUGUUUGAGAACUCUUACAUGUGGACUAAAUUUUUAGAACUAGCCUCUAAAUCUGUUUGCCCAAAAUCUUUGAUUUACUUCCUCACGUCUGGUAGUUGUGUUUCCAGUUGACCAGUCUGGUGAACAAAUACCAUUUAUUUACCCAAAUCUGAAAUUCCAUGCUACCAAAAAGAAAUUUGGUGGGCAAGUUUAGAGGCAAUAUUCCCUGAAAAUUUGGCUGUAAGGCUUUGAGGUACUAUGGGAAUCCAUACAGGGUAAGAUUUUCAAAGGCAGAUAAGGAAAGUUGGGCACGCAAUUCUAAUUGAAAGUCAUUGUCCCUUGAAAAUCUCUAAAAACCAUAGUGUUCCUUUGGAUAUUAUGGGCAGUUUGCAACUUCACCUUUAAGAUGCUCUGGAAAGGAGGUGGGGAAUCCCACCCCACCUUUUUCUUUCAUUUGCUUCUCCACGAUGAAGGCCCCAGAGGUGGGUGUGUUUAAUUAUUUUUUUUAAACUAUUCACUUAGGAAGCUUUAACAAGAUUACAAAUCCUUGCCACAUAAAUAUCAGGAACCAAGCAAUCAUUACAACAGUUAGCUUGUGUUUAAAGAGACCUUACAGAGGAAUAUAGUCAUCAGAGCUUUCUAUUUAACAAAGUGAUACCAUAUUACGGAGCAACAUUGUUACAUCUAUGUCAUUUCUAGUGAUUUUAUUAAAUUGAGUGAAAGCUCUGUAUAGACAUAUUUAACAAACCUGACGUGUCUGCCAAAUGUUAGUAUUCAAAAAAAAGUUGGGCAGAUGUGCUGGCUUUUUUGUGGGUGAAUGUACUUUCUGAGUACUGAAUAAAAGGUA